UCUGAGAUCCUGUCAUGGAACUUGGUCUCUUAUCUCAGAAGUUGAAGGUUCCCAUAGAGCCAGCUGCACAGUUCCCAGAACACUAACAACACCACAGCCAUUUACCAGGAGCGGGCUGCCCUGACUCGGUCUCCUAAAACACAAAGUCCAGGGCUUGGAGAAGGAGCAGGAAAAGAACAAUGGAAGCUGACCAAUCCAGACUCCUGUUUCUAUUAUUUCUUUUCGCAUGGCGACUAUCCCCAGAAGUUGCUGCAGAAGUUCAGGAAUCAUCAGAUGGUUCUGCUGCUUCCCAGAAAACUGUGUCACUCACAGAUGUCCCAGCGACCGUGGAAUUCAUUGCUGCUGCUGAGGUGGCUGUCAUAGGUUUCUUCCAGGAUUUAGAAAUACCAGCAGUGUCCCUAUUCCAUAGUAUGGUGCAAAAAUUCCAAGAUGUGUCAUUUGGAAUCAGCACUAAUUCUGAGGUUCUGGCGUACUACAAUAUCACUGGGAAUACCAUUUCCCUCUUCCGCCUGGUAAGCUGGGUGGGCUUCUCGAGCCUUCUUCCAGUUUUUCCUUAGGUUAUAGAUUCAUGAACUUGUGAGCCUGGAAAGGACUCUAUGCCUUUAACACUAAUGAUGGUGCCAGGGACAGAGGAGUCAGGGACAAUGAUGACAAAGAUGGUGGCUCCGCUCAAGCUUCCCAAACAGGUGCUGUCAUGAGAUGGAGAGAGAACUGGACUGAGCAUCAAGAGGUAGGAUUGCAGCACAGCUUUGUCACUGACCAGCCACGUGAGUUGUGCAAGUCC